ACUGCCGCCAGGCUCGCGGCUCGGCAGAGCAGACCGGCCACGCGUCCCCAACGUCCCCGAUCGCGCGCCCCAACCGCCACCGUGUACCCGGGACGCCAUGGGGGGCCCGCGCUGUGCCCCGCUACUGCUACUCCUGCUGCUGCUGCCGCUGCUCAAGUCACCCGCCGGGGAUGCCGCGGUCAUCACCGGGGCUUGCGACAAAGACUCGCAGUGUGGAGGAGGCAUGUGCUGCGCUGUCAGUAUCUGGGUUAAGAGCAUAAGGAUCUGCACACCCAUGGGCCAAGUGGGAGACAGCUGCCACCCCCUGACUCGGAAACGCCAUGUUGCAAAUGGAAGGCAGGAAAGAAGAAGGGCGAAGCGAAGAAAAAAGAAAAAGGAGGUUCCAUUUUGGGGGCGGAGAAUGCAUCACACUUGUCCCUGCCUGCCAGGCUUGGCGUGUUUACGGACCUCUUUCAACCGGUUUAUCUGUUUGGCCCGGAAGUGAUCCCUCUGAAGCAGGAACUUGAAGUGUGAACCUCCCCUGCACAAUGUCCGUCAAGUCUCACUUGUGAGUGUGUCAAACAAAGAAUAUGCCAGAAAGAAACGCUCUCACUUCCUCCACUUCCCAAGUCACAUUUUGAAGUGACUUUUGUUUUUCUUUACGAAGGAGAGUUUUGAUUUUUGGAUAGACGCAUAAUGGGCACAGCAUUCUGGACCGACUUCUCAUUUCCCUGUUUAUGACUUGACAUUUUUUGAAUGCCAGAAACAACCAUGUUCACAAACAGGAGAAUCAGAGUAGGUAUUUUGUUGCAGAAGUUUCUUUUUUGUCCUUUGCACCCCCUCUGCCCAUCCUGCCGAGUGCACAGACGUGCCCUCCCUUCAGAGACUCUGAUGGUCCUCACUUUAGCCUAGCGUUCUAAAGUGGGGUCUCUACAGCCCUGGUUUGCUGGUAGACCUACUAAGGAGGCUUAAACAGCUAGCUCUGUUCUCAUUUGGUGGCAAGAGGGUGCAAUUUGAACCAGACACUCCAGGCGGCUCAUUGGGCGCAGAAGUUGAGAGUGCUUCUGGGAUUUUUCCGGCACCCAUCCAGCCCAGCCCAGGGGCUUUCAGUUCUGCCGGUUAGCUGGUGGGAGGACAAACUUAAUGGGGCACUGGAGGAAUGUGGUCCGCUUUUCUAGAUUUGUUUAAGCAAAAGGCGUUUUCUCCCUAAUGGAAUAUUACAUUUCUUUUUUUCAUUCUUUUUUUUACUUGAAGAUCUUUUUU